CUCAAAAUAACCACUACUUAGCAUAUAUCUUCCAACACAGUUAUCUUUGGAAUGCAUAUAGUUUUGCUUGAUGUAGGCCGUUACCUGUUGUCCUUUAGGAUGUCACUACCAUGUCUAUCAUAUUAUCAAAUGCUUCACGACUGAAGCCCGAACUUCGUCUAGCGCAAGCCGUUUCGCAGUUUGAAGCGGACCUCUCGAGUGAACAGAAAGUUGCGUUUCGUAACUACAGAUCUCAAUGGCAAAAUUCCCCUCCAGGUCCUAGCGAUGUCAUGCGACUCACGGCCGAGGUUGACUAUUGCGCUUCUAAUAAGAGUAGCCGCGGGCGUUGUUUUGGGCCGCGGAUGACCAAUUUCCUGCAAGCCGUUCAACAAUUUGCUGCGCUUGGUGAUAUCAUACUAGGCGGGUCCCAGAAUAUAAUAGCAUGCAGUGUCUGGUCGUUGGUGCGAAUGUCAUUGCUUUUAAUUGCAAACUUCUCUUCCUAUCUAGAAAAGCUAUCGACUCUUCUUAUGACUGCCGGUCAAUCGGCUCCCCGUUACCAAAUGAUAGCCUUGCUAUACCCCCAGUCAAAGAAUCUACAGUCAUACCUGCCUGAAUAUUUCGUUGUAGUGGUUAAUCUUUGCCAUCGAUUGUUAAAGUUCACGCAGAAGUCUGCCUUGGGGCAAUUUGCAUCUAGUCUAAGUGAUUUAGACACGAAAACAUACCAGUCAGAACUUGGCCAUUGGGCGAAUGCGAUUAAAGAGGAAAUGAGCCUUCUGAUGGCUAAAACGAUUGAGGGGGAAGCCCAAGACAACUCUAUAUUUAGAGCUUUUUCUAACAAGAUCUCUAAAUCUAUAUCACGCGAGCAAAAGUUGAAGGCAAGCUUACGGAUCCUCGAUUCCUGCUCUACAUAUGAUUACGAGACGACUUGGAAGCAGACUCGAAAGAUUGGAAAUACAACUCUAUUCAACCUAAUUGACGAAUACAAGGACUGGAAAGGACAAGAUACCUCCUGUACACUUAUAUAUACAGGUGGGCUAGGAUCCGGAAAAUCCGUUUUGCUAGCCAACCUAAUUGACGAUCUACAUCUUGAUAGUCGAAAUAAGAAUAUUACGGUUUCGUACUUCUUUUGCCGGUACGACAUUCUAGAAAGUCUGAAAGCGCGGACAGUCAUUGGUUCUCUGGCCCGACAACUGCUACGCCCGAUAGCAGAUCUCGCAACGGUGGCGGGAUUCAUCGACAGGACUGCUACUUUUGCUCUAGAUUUCGAAAUGAUGUUCAGUUUACUCCAACGCGCCAUUGCACCGAAUUCUAGAGCAUACUUCGUCCUUGACGGGUUAGAUGAGUGUGACUCUGCCGAAAGAGAAAUAUUGGUUCUACAACUCCGCAAGCUCCAGGGGAUAUUUCCACUGGUUUUAUGUCUAUCAGUUAGACUCGAUCCCGGCAAUGUUUUGAAACUCAGCCUAGAACGGUUCAUUGCCGCCCAGGUCAUAUCAAUUCCCAGUGAUAACCCCGAUAUUACUUCGUUCAUAUCAGCAGAACUAGAGAGCCACAUAGAGUCCAACCGAUUGGUGAUAGGAGAUCCCUCGCUUAUACUGGAAAUACGAGACUUUCUCCUUGAACGAUCCCACGGAAUGUUUCUCUGGGUAGCUCUGCAAAUCAUAUCCUUGUGCGACAUGAAAACAGAUGAUGCCAUUCGCCAGGCUCUAAUAAACCUUCCUAAGGAUCUUUCAGAAACGUUUUCUCGUAUUUUGCGGAAAUCAGAAGGAUCUGGAAAGGCUUAUCAAAGACGGAUAUUAGAGCUUGUAACUAUAGCUCGCCGUCCCUUAACAGCGGAAGAACUUAGAGACGCCUUGAGUGUAGACCCUGGUGAUCCUGUCUGGAACUGGUCAAGGCGUCUCAAUGACGUGAAUUUUAUAUUAACCUGCUGCGGGGGCCUCCUUACUAUUGAUGAAGAGGAGAGAACUAUACGGCUCGUGCACCAUAGCGUCAAGCAAUUCCUUCUGAGUGGGUUUGAAGACUCAGCUAACAGAAAAAUCACAGUCGAUAGCGCAAACAGGGCAAUGGCAAGUAUCAUUGUUACAUACCUCAAUUACGGCGUUUUUUCAACCCAGGUAUCUACUACGGUAGUCCCCCAAAUAAUGACUGCAUCAGCACCGUCCCAAAUUAUACGUUCAGCGCCCGACUUACCAAGCAUCGUUAAAAGUCUCACAUUAAAGCUCUUAAAUUCUAAGAAGAAACCUGGCUUUGACAUUGGAAAGACUCUUGCGGAAACAACCAAGCUUUUCCGUUCUCAGCCGAUGGAUGAAUUUCCUUUUUACUCUUAUGCAAAGCUCUAUUGGUUGCCGCAUAUCUUUUUCAUUUCAGAGAAAGAGCCGAUUAUAUACGACCUGCUGCGCAGGCUAUGUAAAGGCAAUGCAAUAAACAUGAAUGCAACAGAUAAAGAUGACUGGACUCCACUGUCACUAGCCGCGCGGGACGGGCAUGAGGCUCUAUUAAAGUUGUUGCUCGACUCCGGCAGUGUCGACGCAGACUUAAAAAAUGGAGUGGGACGGACGCCGCUCUCUUGGGCUGCAGAGAAUGGGCAAGAGGCCGUCCUCAAGUUGCUGCUCGACUCUGACAUUGUCGACACCAACUCAAAGGACAGAGUGGGACAGACGCCGCUGUCGUUUGCUGCAGAGAAUGGGCAUGAGGAAAUAGUGAAGCUGCUGCUUGACAAAGGUGCUAAGCUAGAGGCCGAAGACGGAGGUGAGCGGACGCCACUCUCAUGGGCUGCAGGAAAUGGACACAUUGCCGUGGUGGCACUAUUACUUGAUGAGGGCGCAAAUCUAGAGUCUGAGGACUCCGGCGGCUACAGGCCGCUCCUAUGGGCCGCACAAAAUGGGCACAUAGAAGUAGUGAAGCUCCUACUAAACAAGGGUGCCAACCUAGAGUUUGAGUCUAACAUUGGCCGAACGCCGCUCUCGUGGGCUGCAGAGAAUGGGCAUGAAGCAGUAGUGGAGCUGCUGCUUAAUAAGGAUGCUCGGAUAGAGUCUAGGUCAGACGAUGACCGGACUGCGCUCUCAGGGGCCGCACGGAAUGGGCAUGAGGCAGUAGUGAGGCUUCUGCUUGACAAGGGUGCCAAGCUAGAGUCUACACGUAACAGUAACCUGACGCCACUCAUGUGGGCUUCAAUGUAUGGGCGUGAGGCAGUAGUGAAGCUACUGCUUAACAAGGGCGCCAAGCUAGAGUCUACAACUGACCGUGGCCGGACAUCGCUCUCGUACGCUGCUGAGGAUGGGCGUGAGGCAGUAGUGAGGCUUCUGCUUGACAAGGGCGCUAAGCUAGAGUCUACAGACAUUCAUGGCUACACGCCGCUCUUAUGGGCUACACGGACUGGGCGCGAAGCAGUAGUGAAGCUGCUGCUUAACAAGGACGCCAAACUAGAGUCUACAACUGACAGUGGCCGGACAUCGCUCUCGUUCGCUGCAGAGUAUGGGAAUGAGGCAGUAGUGAGGCUUCUGCUUGACAAGGGCGCUAAGCUAGAGUCUAAAGACAUUGAUGGCCAUACGCCGCUCUUAUGGGCUACACGGAGUGGGAACGACGCAGUAGCAAAGCUGCUCUCUUCUAUUACUUAAAUUCUUAGAUCAACGUAUUGGAUCGUCGUUACCAUGUUUCCAAGUCUGUCUCGGACAGGCAAGUAACCAUUUUUCGAGCUGUUCGCGUUAAGAUCCUUACAGUACUCCAUUUGCAAUACAGAUAUUCCAUGUGGUUGCGUAGUUCUCAUCAAGCAUUAACAUUUGGUAUUGAUUACGCAUAAACCCACUCCCAGUCCCUCAACUCCUCCAGCAAAC